AUGGCGUCGCGCCCAAUCCUCUUGCGAUUUGAGAGCAGGAACGGCCAAUUUCGGUUGACUGUCAACCCGCAAGACCAGUUUCCUUCUCUCCAAGAAAAGAUCAUCGAACACCUCCCCUCAGAGGUCGACCCAUCAUCCAUUACCUUAUCUAAUAAACCGAUCGGCACAGGCGGGGAAGAGCGAGAACUGGAAGCCUUGAGUGGAGUUGCUAUCGCACAAGUCGGACUUAAGCACGGUGAUAAGCUCUUUAUCGGGUAUCAAGAACGAGCUGCUAAACAGAACGGCGCCACCAAUGGCCACAUACCGGUCCCCUCCGAACGCCGAUUGAAUGGAGCUCCAGUUCCUCAAAAACAGACCGUCCCGAUCCGCGUCCAGCCUACCUCACCAACACUCAAUAUUCCAAAUCCGUGGGACGUGGUCCAACAGUCCCCACUGGACGAUCUCCUCGACAAGAAGGAUGGCAAGAUCAAGCGCACCAAGGACCAGCGGAUGUGCAAGCAUGGCCCACGGGGAAUGUGUGACUACUGCAUGCCUUUAGAGCCGUACGAUGCCAAGUACCUCGCGGAUAAGAAGAUCAAGCACCUCUCAUUCCACUCAUACCUUCGCAAAAUCAACGCUGCAACCAACAAACCGGAGAUGAAGAGUUCAUAUAUGCCGCCACUCAGAGAGCCAUACUAUCGUGUACAGCGCGACUGUCCAUCCGGCCAUCCCCAAUGGCCAGAGGGCAUUUGCACAAAGUGCCAGCCCAGUGCCAUUAGUUUGCAGCCCCAAGAAUUCCGCAUGGUCGACCACGUGGAAUUCUCGUCUCCUGACCUCAUCAACUCUCUGCUGGACUUUUGGCGGAAGUCAGGUGCCCAACGACUGGGAUUCCUCUAUGGAACAUACGAAGAAUACGCUGAGGUGCCUCUUGGCGUGAAGGCUGUCGUCCAGGCAAUUUACGAGCCUCCGCAGAACGGCGAGAUUGACGGCGUUACGCUUCGUGAUUGGCAUAAUGAGAAGGAGGUUGAUGAAGUCGCUCAGCUAUGUGGCCUGCAAAAGGUAGGAGUCAUUUUCACAGAUCUCCUCGACGCGGGCCGUGGGGAUGGCUCUGUGGUAUGCAAACGACACAUUGAUUCAUACUAUCUGUCAUCUCUCGAGAUCGCAUUCGCAUCACGUCUUCAGGCUCAGAACCCCAAAGCCACGAAAUGGAGUCGGACGGGUCACUUUGGCUCGGACUUCGUCACAUGUGUACUGAGUGGAGACGAGGCUGGUGCCAUUGCCGUGAGUUCGUAUCAGGCAACGGUAUCAGCCGUGGAGAUGGUUCGAGCCGACAUCGUCGAGCCUUCCGCAGAGCCCUCUGUGAUGCUGGUCCAGUCUGAAGAUGACGAUGACAUGGGCAGCAAGACGCGAUACAUCCCUGAGGUUUUCUUCCGGAAAAUCAAUGAAUAUGGGGCAAGCGUUCAAGAGAAUGCCAAGCCAAGCUUCCCCGUCGAUUACCUGCUGGUCACACUGACACACGGUUUCCCCACCGAAUCAACACCCCUCUUCACCAACAGCAAAUUUCCCAUCGAGAACCGCGAGGUUAUCGGCGAGAGCCAGGAAUUGCGACAUGUAGCUCAAAAGUUGAUGACGCACGGAGAUCCCGACAAGGCAAUCCAGGGCGUAUCCGACUUCCAUCUCCUUUGCUUUUUGCAUGGGUUGUCUACAUUCAACAAGGAUGAGGAAGCGCUCCUCGGCCGAGUCGCGACGACCCAUGCCCCCGCCGAUGGAAUGCAAUUGUUGAAUACCCCCGGAUGGGCAACCUUGAUGACAAUCCUUCAGGAGAGUGGUGAGCGCCCCCCUAAGCGCCCCUGGCCCACCGAGGCCGAGGCAUCCCACCCGGCAUCAUCCCAUCCUGGAAAAAGGCGGGUGAAAGCACCCGCCGUCCAUCUCCCCCCGAUCCGUGUCUCCCAAGUCCGACGGUGA